AUGGAUACCCUGCUCACUUCACUCAACAGUGACCUCGAAGGCCUACUGCAGACACUGAAGUCUGAAGAGGUCAAUCUGAAGCUCCACAAUUCAUUACACGACCAUGGCGAAGGAGCGCUUCCCGACCCAAAGUUGAGCAAGCUGGCCAGCAAAUCCAUCGACCUUCUCCAUGAAAUCGAACAGAUGCUCGAACCAGGUCACUUGGUCCUUGCAGACCACUUCUUAGGCUAUGUCCAUGCGAAAUGCCUUGUCGGGGCAGUGAAUCUCAAAGUUGCGGACAGAUUGCGCGAGAUGGGCCCCACGAAGAUGGAGGAUUUGGCAGCUGCUUGCCAAGCCCGUCCAGAUCGGCUUCAUCAGGUGAUGCGCGUCCUCAGCAGCAACGGCAUAUUUGCGUAUGACAAGUCCGCAGAGGAGUAUCGGAAUAACCAUACGUCCACCCUCCUCCUAUCCGAUCAUUGGACCCAAUGGCACAACUGGGCUACCCUGUACGGCAAUCAAUUCUACGACAUGGCUCGGGGGAUUCCGGACUCGCUACAAAAGGACGCAACACGCUCGCCCGCCCAAAUCAACUACGACACAGACGUGGAUAUGUUCAACUAUUUCAAGAGCCGCGGCUGGGUGCCGCAACUGCACAAGACUUUCGGAGCUGGAGCGACCGCUCAAGCGCCUGGCAUCCUGGCAGAUUACCCCUGGUCGCAAAUCGCGAACGAGACAGUCAUCGAUAUUGGCGGCGGUGGCGGUGCGUUUAUCGCUUUACUGCUUCGAGCGCACGAGACGAUGCGGGGCGGCAUCUUCGACCAGCCGCACAUCAUCGACCAUGUCCGGCCGUUCUUCCACGAGCCAGGCGGGCAAUUCGCAGACCUGGGGCCACGCGUGAGCACGGAGAACCUGAUCGGCGGCGACUUCUUCAAGAGCAUCCCGCCGUCAAAGGUCUACACGAUGAAGUGGACUCUGCAUGACUGGAGAGAAGGCGAUGCGAGACGGAUCUUGCAGAACAUAGCAAAGGCCAUCAUACCAGGGGAGAACAGCCGGCUGAUAGUGCUUGAGUCGAUUCUCGAUACGACGCGUAGCUCGAGGCUGGCAAGAUACGGCGAUAUGAACAUGAUGAUUGCUGCGGAUGGAGUGGAGAGGACGUGGGAUGAGUGGGUUGCUUUGGCGGAAAGUUCAGGUUGGGUCAUUACGAAAGUGUACCCGUUGCGUAACGCGUGGCACUGUGCGUUCGAAAUGAGACCAAAAGCCUGGCAACAGUGA